UGCUCGAAAUCCUCCUCACUCCUCAGCCCAAUGCUGGUUUCAGAAUUCCCGAGUAGAACCUGAGAACACCGAUUGUGUCUGCAAAGUUCCUCUCCGAGUGCCCCGAGCACCUCCGCCUUUGACAUGAUGUCAGUUGCUGCCAAUCACGCCAGCACAAGCGCUCACGACGGUUUGGUCCUAAACCUUGCUCUGAGAGCUCUAAGAGCGAGCCACGGAGUUUCGAGUGGUAGCAAGGACGCUGCGGAACAGGCUCGCGCGUGCAGCGACGUCACGGAGUGCAGCGACCCGCAGCUCUCGGAGAGCCUUUCGCUGAGAAGCAGCAGCCAUCUUCAACUAGAGAACGAUCUCCGGCGAGCGCCGACUCGGACUCAACCCCCUUCAAGUUCGUCCUCCCAGAACCAGCAAAUGCAGCAGCAGCUCCAGAUGCUACUGCAGCAACGGCUGCUGCAGCAGCAGCUAAACGAGCCAGCAGCAGCAGAGAAUCUUCUUCAUCCGCCGCCGCCGCCGCCGCCGCAGCAGCAGAAGCAGCAGUUCGGCCCUGCAUCCCCGGCGGCGGCUCCGAACGCCGCGUUGUUGUCGUCGCUGCUGCAGCGGCUCGCCUCAACCUACGCCUCCGCCUCUGCUACAGCUGUGACGAACGCCGACUUCCGCUCCGCCGCGCAGGCUGCGCCGCCGCAGGGCGCGGCGGCGGCAUCCGGCGCCGACUCCAAUGCCGCCGUUGCGGCGAUCGUUUCAAAGAGCCCAGCGUCCCCUCUGGCUGACGCCAACGCCGCUGCGUUGCUUCAUCUCGCGCGUCUCGUCGCCGGUUCUGCCGCCGGCGGCUCCCGCGGCGCUGGCCUCGCGGCGCAAGUCAACGCCGUGGAGCGGAACAUGGCGAAUUUCUUCCCGUCGUCAGCCGCGCCGGUCGCGCCGCCUUUCUCGUCGGUUGCGCCGCCGUCGCUCACGUCUAUCUAUCCUCCGCCGUCGGUCAGUGGCUCGCCGGCCACUUCCGCCGCUGCGCGUAGUCCGCAUGACUCUCCGCGCGCCGCCACCCUCCGCGAUUUGAACAUUGCGGCCGCUGCCGUUGCCGCCGCCGCGUCAGGUAGCCCACAGGUGCGGGCAGGUGCGGGAAACGGCGUGUUUGGGGGAGCAAUUUGCGGGGCGAGCUUUCCCAAUGGGGGACUUCACGGGGGGGAGAAGGAACGAGAUCGGGCGCCGCUGAAGCGGAGAUUCUGGGAAACGAAUGGCGGAGAGGAUGGGAAGGGGUCUGGUGCGGCAUUUCCCGCCGCGGGAGGCGCUGGGGGGACUUUUGGGGCUUCGCUUGAUUCCCCCGAGGCGCUCAAGCUUGGAAUUCGAAGUCCGGAAGGAGCGGGCGAUUUUCGGCUAAGUGGAAGUUCGGAGGAUGGAGACGGCAAGGAGAGCGGGGGGCCCUUUCUAGAGGGUCCAGGCGAGUGGGAUAAUAAUGAGGGUGAGGGUGAGGAGGGGGAGGGGGACGGAGACGCUGAGAUGAACGGCAACAAGAAGAAAAUGCGGCUGACCAGAGCGCAGCUGACAAUGCUGGAGGAGUUUUUCAAGAAGCAUCCGCAUUUGACCCCACGGCAAAAGGCGGGCUUGGCCAAGAGUUUGGGCGUGAGGGUGCGGCAGGUGGAGGUGUGGUUUCAGAACCGGCGCGCGCGCACCAAGGUGAAGCAGACGGAGGCGGAGCUGGAGGGGCUGAGGAGGCGCUGCCAGCAGCUGGCGGACGAAAACAAACGGCUCAAGCUGCAGCUGGCCAGGCAGGAGAGGGGGGAGCGGGGGGAGAGGGAGGAAAGGGAGGGGAAAAGAAGGGCGAUGGAGGUGGGAAUUUCCAGGAGCACAGGUAUUGGGGAGGUUAGCGCAAAGGGUAUCAAGGCAAAUUCUGAACCAAGGAAGCCGAAGUGCAGCUCUUGUCUUGCGAACAUGGGAUUGGAAGAGAGGGAGAUGGCUGCUAAAGAAGCUCCGAUGACACUGAUUCAGUUCUUGUAAAUAUCAGUUGGUUGAGAGCAGUUGGUUGAAUUCCUCUCCUAAAAAUCCUCUCGAGAGAUAGUCCAAAGUUUUGCAAUUUAAC